AUGGCACCACUUAGGCGUAGUCAAAGCUCUCAUCAGCCUCAAGAUGAGGAUGAGAUACAUUUGCCUGAGGUACCAAACUGGCAGCAAGAAGAUCUCCCCGCACCACCUGUUCAAGGUGCGACCAUAAAUCGAGAUGAGAUGAUUGGAAUUUUUACUGCAGCCUUUGUUGGGGCUAUACAACAAGCUCAGGCAGUUCCUGUAAACAAUCCUCCUAGGCCUAUCGAUGGGACGUCUAAAAUGGUGACUGAGUUCAGGAAGUUGCGCCCCUUGGCAUUUAAGGGUACCUCUGCAGACCCUAUUAUAGCAAAGGGAUGGCUUAGGGAACUAGAGAAGAACUUCGAGUUACUCCAGUGUUCGGAUGAGCAGAAGGUGGCAUGUUCCACCUAUAUAUUGCAAGGAGAGGCUGACUUGUGGUGGCAGACCACAAAGCGUAUUCUGGAGGGCCAGCUUGUUACUUGGGCCCAGUUCUUAGAGCUAUUUCGAGAGAAGUAUUUUCCUAUUACUGUUCGGCAAGCAAAGGCAGCAGAGUUCAUUAAGUUGCAGCAAGGAAGCAUGACGGUGAUAGAUUAUGAGAAGAAAUUUGAGGAAUUGUCUCAUUAUACACCACAUCUUGUGGCCACAGAUGUUGAUAAGGCAAGAUUAUUUGAGAGUGGCCUUAAUAAUGGAAUUCAGAGAAUGGUGACAGCUUUGGAGCUUAACACAUAUGUUGAAGUUGUGAGGAGAGCCCUGUUAUAUGAAGGGCCAGUAAAAGGAACCCAGAAGGUUUUUUUUAAAGCAAAUGGCAAGGAAAGUGGCAUUUCCCAGCAUAGGGCAGCAGGAGUUAUCCUCCACAGAAGCAGCAAAUAA